AGGGGCAGGAGAACUUCGGGAAGCCCCUGACCAGCCACCAGAGGAGAGCAGAAGGUGAAGGAAAGGAGGUCACUGCUGAGUGUUCGUUUUAGACUUCACAGGCUGGUUUUUCCCUCCCCUGCUUCCUCCCAACAUGAGCCUGUGGCGGAGAUUGACCCCGCUGGUGUCCAAGGGGCGAAGUUUAGCCACAGCGCCGGCCAGCGCCAGGGGUCACCACGGGGACGGGACAGGAGCCAGGACAUGGAGUCCUUUGUCAUUUGUGGUGGCACUGCAUGGAGAAUCACGCCCCAACAGCCUGAGGAGUUCGGUGCCCUGACACCACCUGCGUAUUCGCACCAAGGCAUUCCCCUGGGCUGAUGGGAACCACACCCUCUUCCACAACCCCCACACCAACCCCCUGCCCACAGGCUACGAAGAAGCAAGAGGUCAUCACUAAGCCACCCGCCCUCGAGUCCCCUGGUCUAGUGACAUUAAACCUGAGUGGAUCUGUC